AAACUCAGCCGAUCAUAGAAUUCGCAUUGAUUUCGUCAACAAGAUUGAUCAGUGUGUUAUUUACACAUAGUCCAAUAUCGUGCGUAAUUGAUCUUCGAUAAAUCUUAACGAUGGGAACGGAGGACACGUUAUCUAUAGCGGAAAUUUUUAAUGCAUUCCAAGACUAUCUGAAUAAUGAACAAGAAAUUCGCGAGCAAAUUCGCAUUAUUGUCAAGGAUAUUGAAAAGAAUGCCAGGGAUAUUAUGAUGAUUUUGCAAAAUAUUCAUAAUACAACAAAUGAAAGAGUGGAUGAAAGUAUAACUGUAGGAAAUUACUGUAUGAAGGCAAGAGAAAUGUUUGACAAGGUUAGAGAGCAGUACGCUAAGCUGGCUCAAGUGGUGCCACACAACCAGUAUUACCGUUACAACGACCAAUGGCGUUUUGUCACCCAGAGACUGUGCUUUCUAAUUGCUUUAGUAAUAUAUUUAGAAGUUAAAGUUUUGGUCACCAAAGAAACUGUUGCAUCCUUAUUAGGAGUAAAAAACAACAGAGAGGAGGGUUUCCAUCUGGAUCUAGAAGAUUUUCUAUUGGGUCUACUUCAAUUGUCUGCGGAAUUGAGCCGUUAUGCUGUAAAUAGCGUAACGAAUGGGUUUUACGAUCGGCCUAUAGAAAUUGCGAGAUUUGUUAAUGAAUUAAAUGCCGGAUUUCGGCUAUUAAAUUUAAAGAAUGACAUGUUGAGAAAACGUUUUGACGCUCUCAAGUAUGAUGUAAAAAAGAUCGAGGAAGUAGUGUACGAUUUGUGUAUCCGCGGUUUGAAACCGUCUCCUCGGCCUAUUGAGGAAACACUCGCUGAAUAAUAUUCUUUCUGGAUACUUCACACUACAUACACAAAGAAAAUGUGUGAAGAUAUGGUGUUCAUUAAACGAUACAUAAUAUAGUAAAUAUGUGGUCUCUACGUUUUGAGUGAAUUGACCAAUAUAGUGGGAUUCUUAAACAUUUUAAUGAUACAAAUUUAAUGGCAAAAACUUUUGUUUUCUUAUACAUUCUACAUUUAAAAAAUAUUG